AUGACUCCAAACAAGGACCUCACGGGCCACAAACUGCUCGUCAUCACGCCCACCGACCUGAACCCAGAGUACCUGGAGCACCUACACAGCCAGUUCCCCGGUCUUAAGGUCGUUCAUUCAAAGUUCGAUCCGUGGCGGUCGGUCGGGCUGCCCCCAGACGUCUCCGACGACGACUGGAAGACGGUCACGAUCCUGCUCACGGGCCCCAAGUUCCCCACGAGGGAGCAGGCGCCCAACCUGCAGCUGGUCCAGCUGCAGAGCGCCGGCGCGAACUACAUACUCGAUAAUCCGCUGUUCAAGGAUACCAAGAUCCCGUUUUGCACGGCGAAUGGUGUUCACGGCCCGCCUAUCUCGGAAUGGGUGAUAUGCACGUACCUUGCCCACCAACAUAGGAUCCCACGCUUCCUCGACAACAUGAAGGAGGGCAAGUGGGAUUCGGAGCACGGCUCGGACGCUCCGGACAUCCAAGACGCAGUCAGCCAAAGAGUUGGCAUACUCGGCUAUGGCAGUAUCGGAAGACAGGUAGCCCGCGUAGCGACAGCCAUGGGCAUGGAAGUGUACGCGUACACGAAUCGGCCGCGCCCAACGCCCGAAUCGCGCCAUGACGACUCGUACUACGUCCCCGGGCUGGGCGACCCAGAAGGUGUCCUCCCAUCAAAGUGGUUCUCGGGGACGAAGCCCGAAGAGGUCGACGAGUUCCUGUCGUCCGGCCUAGAUCUGCUGGUCCUGGCCGUUCCCCUGACGCCACAGACCCGGGGCAUGAUAGCAGCGCCGCAGUUCAAGCUCCUGGCGGGGAAGAAGACGUACGUGACGAACAUCGGCAGGGGCCCCGUUGUCAACACGGACGACCUGAUGACGGCGCUGGACGAGGGCUGGAUCCGGGGCGCCGCGCUCGACGUGACGGAUCCGGAGCCCCUGCCGAAGGAGCACCCGCUCUGGCACAAGAGGAACCUCAUUAUCACGCCGCAUGUCAGCGGCAACUCGAGCAGCUAUGGUCCUCGUCUUCUGGCCAUCUUGGAUAUCAACCUGAAGAGGUUGAGCGAGGGGAAGGACUUUAUCAAUAGCGUGAGUAGAAAACGUGGUUACUAG